CCCGUUUGUUCCAAUUUAUUUUAAAUAAUUAUAGAUAUCCUUUGCUUUUCAGUAUAUUAAUAAAUAUUAGUUCAGUAUAUUAAGACGACAUUUUUAACCGUCUGUCACUUCUUUUUCGUCUUCUAUAAUAACAUAUAGAAUUUCUUUCAAAAAAUCAAUUUAAAUUCUACUCUGUAACAAAAUGGAUAAUAAUCAUAAUUUUAACCCUACCGACAAUGGAUUUAAUCAGCCACCAAACCAAGAUCAAACGGAGAAUUCUUAUAAUAAUGGCAGUAACAUGGUAAACGAUCCGGCUAAUAUAGCUAGAAAUACUAAUUUGCCUUCACCAAACCUACCACAAUAUGCUCCGCAGAAUAAUGCACCGCCACAACUCAAUUUUUCUCAAACGAAUCAUUCUGGAAUCUUUACUUUUAGUAUUCCUGGACUAAAAAUUAUCAUUAUACCUACUUUAUCUCCCAACAAUUCUGAAAUCUUUACACUUGAUAUCCCUGAUUUCAAAGUCAUCAUGAUCAUACUUUCUCUCUCGUAAUUA